AAACAAAAUGAUGAGCUUCAAUUUAUGUGGACUUUUCUUUCUCUUUGCUGUAAUUUUGAUAAUUGCACCAACUUCUUUGGCUCAAUGUAUUAGAAAUAGAGAUGGAUGUCAACCUGAUGGAAGUCAAGGAGUAUGCUGCUCAGGAUUUUGUUACAAAGAAGCAAAUUGGGUGGCAGGAUAUUGCAAAUAGGAUAUAUGACAAUGUUCGACUUGAAAAAAAUUCAUAAAUCCAAUAAACUUACCAAUUUCUUUGAUUUGUAAACAUUUUGGCUCUUUAAUUUUGUUACAAAGAAGCAAAUUGGGUUGCAGGACAUUGCCGUUAAAAAAUAUCAUAAAUUCAAUAAAAAUACUAAUUCUGUUGAUUCAAAAUUUUUAAAAUAUUUACAAAA